AUGGCCCCUUCAGUGACAGAGGUGACUAGCGCGCCGUCCAAGAGGAGAGACAUGGCCGUCAAUGGCAGCGCAAACGGCGCGGCGCCAUCCCCUGCCAAGGGCGACGCCGCCGAGACAAGCUAUCGAGACUUUUUCUGGACCUACACCGAGGAGCCUCACCGGACAAGACGGAUGGCAAUUAUCAAGGCGCACCCUGAGGUCACCAAGCUCUGCGGGCCCGAACCUCUCACCAAAUAUGUUGUUGCAGCCGUUGUCGCCUUUCAGGUCCUCCUCGCUCACCUCCUAAGGAAUACUCCGUUCUGGUCGUGGAAGUUCUGGGCCGUUGCAUACGUUUUCGGCGCAACGUCGAACCAGAACCUCUUCCUGGCCAUCCACGAGAUCUCCCACAACCUCGCCUUCAGGUCCCCUCUGGCCAACCGCUUAUUCGCCAUGGUUGCCAACCUGCCUAUAGCAGUUCCGUAUAGCGCCUCCUUCAGGCCCUACCACCUAACCCACCACAAGUCCCUCGGUGUCGAUGGACUCGACGCGGACUUGCCGACGCGGUUUGAGGCCCUGUUUCUGGACUCGAUCCUCGGGAAAGCCUUUUUCUGCACCUUCCAGAUCUUCUUCUAUGCCCUGCGGCCCAUGAUGGUCUAUCGCAUCCCAUUUACCUGGGUCCACGGCCUGAACGUGGCCGUGCAGAUUGGCUUUGACUACGCCAUCCUGGCGCUCCUGCCGGGCUACUUCAGCGCUAACUCGCUGCUCUACCUGCUGCUGUCGUCAUUCCUUGCCGGCUCGCUGCAUCCCACGGCGGGCCACUUUAUUGCCGAACAUUACGUGUACGAGACGGUGACGCCGACUGCCCGCGACCCGACCAACAAGAUCCCCAUCCCCGAGACGUUCAGCUACUACGGCCCGCUCAACCUGCUGACGUACAACGUCGGCCUGCACAACGAGCACCACGACUUCCCCGCCGUCCCGUGGACCCGCCUCCCCGCCCUACACGACAUGGCCAAGGAGUUCUACGCCGACCUCCCCCACCACCGCAGCUGGACCUACGUGCUGUGGCGCUUUAUCUUUGACGAGCAGAUCGGCAUGCGGUGCCGCGUCAAGCGGAAGCAGGGCGGCCGCGUCGUCGGCGGCGGCACCGCUACCGUGACGGCCAAGGUAGCGGACUGGGAGGAGGAUGAGAUUGAGGCUUGA